AUGGCCAGCGGAAGUGAGAGCUCGGAUGAAUUUUAUGAUGCACUAGAGGAUAACGUCGCGGUUCGAACGUCUCCCGCAGCCAGCGGCAGCAACAGUGGCAGCAGCAGCGCCAGCAAAAAACGUUCUAGCAAAGCAAAUGAAAUCAUUCACCCCGCACGAAACCACAUCACGGGAGCCACAAUAAGCAAUGCGCUGGCGUACGCAGAGCUCCUCUCGAUGGAGCAACAGCACCGAACCGGGAAAGGACAUCCUGGCGCCGAUGCCUGCUCGCAGAAAGGACCCCCAAAGGCGACCUCGAAGGGCACCACAUCGUCCUCGUUUGCCGAUCAACCGUCUAAGGAUCCAAAAUCGCAUCGUAGUCAGCGAUUUCACGAGUUGCGCCAAAGCAUGCAAAACGACGAAGACGAAAAUUCGGGAAAUAUACUGACCCCUGAUUCGCAGAAUAGCUCCGUCGAGGGUGUGUACAUAGCAGCGAGCCGAUCGAAUUAUCCUUUUCGCGUGAUUGAGAGCGAUGUUGCCAGCAUUCACAGUAUUUCCUCGCUCGGAAUCGUUGGGCGAAUAAUGGCCGGUGGUAGCAUCGACACGAGCGCACACAGUAUGGGUAAGGAUUCGUCCACCGGAAAGCAGCUGCCAGCGGUUAAGCAGCAGGCCAGCAAAAAGCAAAACCCCACCGGGACAGGCUCGAAGGCUUCCGGUUCAGAUCCGGACGUGAUCACCAGCACAAAGCACAUGGCCCACUCGAAAACCACCGAUGUGGCCUUUGCCGUCCCUGCGGUCGUCCCCGAGCGACCGGUGGCACCGCCACGGCGGAAGAAAAAAACUCGCAAACUCUCGAGCAGCUCCUCCGAGCAGUUCAACAUGAACGAAGGCCUUAAGCUACCACCAACGGAUAGUUCCUCGAGUGAGGUGUUGCUGGUGAAACUACCAUCGGUGGCGGAUGGAACCCUAACCAAGCAUAGCAGCAGUACCGGAAGUAAUGGGAUGAGCAGUGCGAGUGGUUCUGAUGUCACGACGACCGGGGCGGACAGUUGCAGUGGUCAGACACUGCCUUCGCCGGCUACGCUCGAGUCCAUCACCCGGGAGAUUGAGAGCUCGUUCGAGGUGGCCAGUAACGUGGCGAACCUCGGUGGACCGGGUGGCGUUUCACCGGUUGCUGGUGUCCUGAGCAACGGGCAGGGUGGAGGAGGUUCGUUAACCCGGAUCGCACACCAACCGAAAUGUACCCACGUAAGCCCGACGGGAAGCUUGAAGAGCAUCUCGGCACCCUCCCACGUGAGCUGGACGGAUAACGCGCAAGGACUAAACAUCUACAAGGUGACAAAGGGCCAGUACGUGGUGAAACCGACGGAUGGAGCGUUUAACAAAGCCGAAGGACCGUCACGGGAUGAGAUCGCGCGUGUCGAGCGUAUCCACCGGGAGUUUUUCCCCCGGAACGUAGGCGGCAUGACCGGGCCCGGUUCGGUGAUCGGUGGCAUCGGCAGCCACCGGAAGAACUACUCCAUCACCGGUACGAACAGCCUCGAGGGUGGGAUGCGCGGGAGUCUCGUAGCGAAGCAGCUGCACCUGCGCGAACGCCGCAAAUCCGCCGGCGACGAGGAGCAGUUCAAGCAGAUGAACAUGUUCGUGCGAACGCGCACCAACUCCGGCAAGCAGCUGACGGACAUGGAGAUCCUCGAGCAGGUGCCGGUGAAGAACCUGGACACGGGCGAGAACUUCCCGCUGUCGGCGGUGGAGGAAAAGCUCCCGCAAUGCAUCAACCCGCUGUCGCUGCACAUCAUGCGCCUGACCAGCCACAUCCCGGAGACGGACGAGGAGUCGGUUGGACCACAACCGGACUCGGACUCGAUCCAGCCCGGGUACGAGGAGGAGCUUGAAGCGGAGGGUCUCGAGGGUGGCCGGUUGAAGCGCAAAACGGCCAAGCUGAAGCGGUUCUUCCGCUCGACGGCAAAGAAAACGGUCAGCAAAGCGAAAUCGAUCGCGUCGGAAGUGUCGCACGCGCGGCACAAGGAAGACGUGGCGGACAUUCAGGACGUGAGCAAUCCGGAGCAGAACAUUAAGAUCAAGGCGUCGAGCACGAAUAAGGGGCCGUACGAUUUCGCUAAACUGCAGCACGUGCAGGACCUUUCCGGCGAGCACACGGUCGCGGUUUGGUGCAUGAAGUUUAGCAGCUGUGGCCGACUCCUUGCAACCGCCGGGCAGGAUCGGGUGCUGUGCAUUUGGGUGCUGAAGGACGCGUACCUCUUCUUUCAGACGAUGCGCACGAAGUACAACGCCGACCAGAAGUCCUCCCCGACGCCCUCGGAGGAAGCGCUAAAUGCGACCCUCAACUCGUCGCUCAUUUCGUCCGACGAAGCGGCCAGCUUCGUGCCACCGGAUGAUGCGUCCCCGGGACCGUUUAUGCCGCGCGCGUUCUGCACGUACACCGGCCACACGUCCGAUCUGCUGGACGUGUCCUGGUCGAAGAACUACUUCAUCCUGUCAAGCUCGAUGGACAAAACCGUCCGGUUGUGGCAUAUCUCCCGGCGGGAGUGCUUGUGCUGCUUCCAGCACAUCGACUUUGUGACGGCGAUCGCGUUCCACCCGCGUGACGAUCGCUUCUUCCUGAGCGGCAGCCUGGAUGGGAAGCUGCGCCUGUGGAACAUCCCGGAGAAGAAGGUCGCGUUGUGGAACGAGGUGGACGGCCAGACAAAGCUCAUUACGGCGGCAAACUUUUGUGCGAAUGGGAAGUUUGCGGUCGUCGGAACGUACGAUGGGCGGUGCAUCUUUUACAACACCGAGCAGCUGAAGUACCACACGCAAAUUCACGUCCGCUCGACCCGCGGCCGGAACGCAAUUGGGCGGAAAAUUAGCGGCAUUGAGCCGAUGCCAGGGGAGGACAAAAUUCUAGUGACAUCCAACGACAGCCGCAUCCGCUUGUACGACUUGCGGGAUCUGAACCUGAGCUGUAAGUACAAGGGCUACUUUAACUCUUCCUCCCAAAUUAAGGCGUCUUUCAGCCACGACGGCAAGUACAUCAUAUCUGGGUCCGAAAAUCAGUGUAUAUACAUCUGGAAGACGCACCACGAGUACACCAAGCUCAGCUCUGUUCGCCGCGAUCGUAGCGACUUCUGGGAAGGUAUCAAGGCGCACAAUGCCACCGUGACGUGUGCCAUCUUUGCUCCUAAGCCCGAAGCCAUCAUCGUACCGGAACCGGACGAGGCCAACUCCUCCGACAUGACCAUCAACCAGUCGUUUGUGGAGCAGGCCUGCCGAAGCCACGUCAUGGUGAGCGCCGAUUACACCGGCUGCAUUAAGGUGUUCAUCAACAAGACGAAACCGAAGCACAGCAGCCUGCCGUAUACGGCGAUAGCGGAUUAA